AUGACCAAAAGGCUUUCCCCAACAUGUUAUGUGCGGAACACACAGCCCCUUGUACAGACGACGACAAAUGCUCCAUCGACCACGUCCUCAACUGUGCGCUUUACGAUACCUGAACCAGAGAAACAGAGAAAACGACGGUCCGCAGAAGAGCCCCGUGCAGAAGCUGUGAGCUCGACUGAUCAGGGCGCAUCAAAGAAAAUCACUUGUGGCGAAUACGAGUGUAUCACAGUUGAAUGCCUUGUGACAAAUCUUGCAAGCAACAAGGAAACAACCGUCAACGUGACAAUUGAUGUGUUUGAAAAGGCACUGGCAACGGAUAAGAAUGCUCGGGAAUUCUUCUACGGAACCAACGCUACAGUCACAGAUCCGGUUGUUUGGUUUUCUGGUAAAGUCGUUCCCUUUGACAGCACCGUAUAUGCAACGAAAUGGACCCGACUAGUCGUCGAUGCUGAGUCUGUGGCCAGUGAGGUUCCAAUUUGGAUUAUAAUCGGGGCUGUGGCGGGAGCAAUACUGCUUCUUCUUGUUGUCCUUGCAAUUCUCUACAAGCUUGGAUUCUUCAAACGAAGCAAACAACGCACCCAGAUUCAACAAUGGAAGAAGGAAAGUCUCUACACUCGGAAGAGCCAAGGGAUGUCGUCCAUGAGCAGAAAGUCCGAAAACCCGCCGUAUAACGCUAUGGAAGAGAAUGGCGAUACUGAGGAAUCCAAGACCCCACUUAAAUAGGAGCAUGCUGUUUUACUUUUGGCACGGUUCUUUUAUUGUAUCUGAUAAGACUGAGUACAAUAUAUGUGUACGGAAUUACAUAGCGAAUGUGUGUUUGUGCCAGUGUGAUACUCGUAAAAUAUAACAUUUGGUUCCCGGUCGGUAAAAAUAAUUGAAAUCGUACACUAAAACAGACACUGAUCAUUUUGAAUAUAUUCAUAUACGUUGUAUUGGAGCAAGUUUUAUUGCAUGUUAUAGCAGAGCGCAUCAUAUUGUAUUAGCAUGUAACGACAUUAACAAAAUUCGUUGUUUAAUUGUGUCCAUACUCUCUGAUUGCCGUUGAUUGACAUUGGAAUCAGAAAAAGCUACGAGUUCAAAAAUAGUAAAAACAUAAAAUGAUAUAUUCACUAUUGUAAAUGGUAACAUCUCUAAACAAUACUUUAACGUACUUGUGGUUCUGAAUUUGAAUACUCACCGAUUUAUUUACAAACACUGUACAGGAUUCUGGUGAAAAACAUGUGUAUAAAAUAGUUUGGCCUGUGAUAGGAUUGCUUAGAAUUGGUGUGUUCACUAACGAAAAACAAUCGCAAUCAAUAUCAAAUUUUAUGAAUUAGUUAAAAAAGCAUUUAUAAGUUUUACCUCAUUGCGUGAAUUAUUGGAUCCAGUUGCGAAUGUCUUUAUAGAAUGAGUCUUAAUCGAAAACUUAUCAAUGAAAUUUAUUUCUUUUACACAACAUACUUAAAUAUAUAUAAACCUCGCUUCUGUUUACCUUGCCCUUUUUACCAAAAAUAUUUUUAAAAAAAUCUAAAAUCAGGACAAGAAGAAUAUGCUUGUUUUUACCAGUAUAUCUUGCAAAUACGUACAAGCAUAAGCUUUUAAUCUUAUAAGAACAUGGAAUGAACUCAAAUCAGAAACAAUAUAAAUGCAAUAUAAAUGUCACAUAAUUGAGGUGUGUUUGUCUUAGUCCCUUUCUUCAAUACGACUGACGCGUUUAUAAUAUACUAAAAAUGUUACACAUUACAAUAUCAAUUAUAAUUCCUAAUACAGUUUAUUAUACAUAUUAAGCAAACUUAUACGUUGUUUCCCUUUAUGUUUUCAAACUGAAUUGAAAUCGAUUCUACGACGUAUUCCACUACUAUUUCAAACAAACGUGUGAACCAUGGAUAUUACCUAAACUUCUAUUGUGUACGUGUACAUAUUAAAGCUGCUUAACUAUUUCUUGGUUAAUAAACAUAUUACACUUUA